ACCAUUCACAGGGGCAGCUCGGGCUGCGGGCGAGGGAGCAGCCGUGUCCGGAGGAGGCAUCGGACCGCACCGCAAUCCAUUGCAUUGCACUGCGCAUCCUCCCUCCCUCCUUCCCUCCCCACCGCCUACUGCUGCAGCCUGCCUUCCUCCUUCCAUCCCUCCAUCCUCUCCGCUUCCCACCUCACAUCCCUCCCUCCUGCAUCCCUCCUCCAGCAUCCCUCUCUCCACUCCUCCCUCUUGCAUCCCUCCCUCCUACAUCGCUCCCUCGUGUAUCCCUCCUCCGGCAUCCCUCCCUCCUGCAUCCCUCUUUCCACCCCUCCCUCCUGCAUCCCUCCUCCUCCAUCCCUCUCUCCACCCUUCCCUCCUCCCUCUGCCUGCGCAGAGCCGCGGACAUGGCGCUCAGCAAUUUCCUCUUCGCUCAGUGCAUCUGCUAUUUCCUGGCCUUCCUCUUCAGCUUCAUCGUGGUGGUGCCACUCUCCGAGAAUGGCAACGACUUCCACGGCCGCUGCCUGCUCUUCACCGAGGGCAUGUGGCUCAACGCCAACCUGACGGUGGAGCGGCAGCGCUUCACGGUGCAGGAGUGGGGGCCCGAGGCCGCCUGCCGCUUCAGCAUCUUCACCGGGCUCCUGUCCCUGCUGCUGGCCACAGUGCAGGCCUGGAGGACCCUCUUCUUCCUCUGCAAAGGGCACGAGGACUCUUUCUUUUACGCCUUCCUGAAUCUGCUGAUCAGCGCCUUUGUGGUGUUCAUCACAUUUAUUGCCAGCACUAUAGUGAGUGUAGGAUUUAACAUGUGGUGUGAUGCAAUUACUGAAAAAGGAAGCAUGCCAAAUAGCUGUGAAGAGUUGCAGGAUAUAGAUCUUGAGCUGAACUUGGAAAACUCUGCUUUCUAUGACCAAUUUGCUAUUGCACAGUUUGGUCUCUGGGCUGCCUGGCUGACCUGGCUGGCAAUUACCAUCCUGGCUUUCCUGAAGGUUUAUCACAACUACAGGCAGGAGGAUCUGCUAGACAGCCUGAUCCAUGAGAAGGAGCUGCUGCUAGGAAGAUCCCCUUCACGAUCCUCUUUGCAAGAUGACAAAAGUGGCAUGAUCUAAAGUGUAAGCAAAUUUCCAGGGCAGGAUCUAGAUUUUAUUAUUCAGUAAUGUGAGCUGAAGCUGAGUCAGGGUAUUGAGUGUGUGAGAUCUUUUCUUUUCCUGAAAUGAAACGUAAUUGUGAAUUACUCACUUCCCCCAUGAGAAAUUGUUGGCAGAAAUACUGAUAUUAAGAUAAAGAGAAUGAACUGCCCUAUGUGCCUGUGGCACAGCAAACUUUCUGUCCUGUGCAGGCAAAAUUUGUAACCUGCCCUUGUCAGCAGAGCUCCCACGUGCCAUUGCUGUCUUUUGGGACAAGGGACAUUUCUGAGGACUGAGCUGGCAAGACCAGGCUACAGCAUCCAGGCUAUUUCUUCAAACCAUUCUUCAACAAUAGAUGUAACUGGAGCUGAAUUCAGUGCCUCCCCUCUCCCUCUCCUCCCUUUUGCCAGUGGAGCUGCCCCUUGUGGUGUUUUUAUCCUGGGAAACUGCAGCUCUGGUUGGGAUGCUCUCACUGUCUCUGCUUUUGCUGUGUGUGGAUGCAGUGCUGACAAACAUGUUGCUCCUGCUCUGAUUUUAUUUCAAACAUAGAGACCUGUGUUCCAGACUUGAUAUUUAAUAUUGGACAGUGUUAAUGAAUUCCAUGAAACCCGUUUAUUAUUAUAGCACCUGUCAAAAACUGUGUAUAAUAUAUGGAAGGAUGAAGGAGAACAUUUUUUUCUGGUUGUGGCUUUGUUUCUUCUUAGAUUUUGGCAUGAGCAGCAUUUAUUAUGACUCCUGAAGUGAACUGUAGCUAGAAAUUGCUGAAGCUUGCAUACUAAGAAAUUAAGCUGAAUAGAUAGUAAUAAUGCUUGUGCAUUUAUAAAUGUAACUUGGUCCCUAACAUUGUAUACUAUUCUGUUUUGAAUAUUAGAAUUUAUUUGUGAUAUUUAUUUCAUAUAGGAUGUGCAAAAUUACUGUAAUCAUUUGCAUUGUAGGUUUCUAUAUAUAAACAUAGCAAGGAGUUCAAA